AUGCUGAGCAAGGAGAUGGUGGCCAACCCGCUGGUGGUGACGCUGGAGGGAACGGACAAGGUGCGCCCGACGGAGACCCUCAACUACGUGCUGCAGCUGCGGUUCUGCUCGCUGCACGCCCCGAUUUGCAGAAUGUUCUCGGUGGAUUGGCUCCUCCGCCUCCAGUUGCAUCUGAAGAGUGGACGCCGGCACAGUAUGCAGAUGCCGCACGACAUGAGCACACUCGACUUACGAAGGAGGUGGAGAACUUCGCCAAAGCGGUGCGCCUGGCCUCACAGGAGGUGCACCACCGUACCAACAAGGUCCAAAAGUUGGAAGAAGCGCUUCGUGAAGCACGUGAUCAACAUCAACAAGCAGAAGGUGAGUACCGUGAUGCGGAGCAGAAGAAGCGUGAUGCCGAUGAUACCGUUGCUCGUUUCUCUCAGGAAGCGUGGGUUCAUGCCAAGCGGCAGGAGCAUGCGCAGGCCGCAGCGGCGGCCGAGGCUGCCCGCGCGGCCCAUGCGAUGCCUGCGCAGCAUGCGCCGACUGGUGAAGGUGCCGCACCCGCGGGUGGUCGCCCAGCUGCGCCUGGUGGAGCGCCACUUGCUGCUGUACCUCCACAACCACGUCAACAACCUUCCCUACGGAUUGGUGGCACGUUUCGCGGAGAUGCAGAAGCAGAUCUACGACAGUGCCCAGUCCGACGCUGGAAGUGAUGCUGGUUCCGAGGCUGGCGACUUCUCCCCAGAGCGUGCUGAUGAAUUGGCUGCGCUCAAGAAACGCUCGAUGGAAGGUGCAAUGGCGGACGCCGACCAGACCCGCAUGGAGAACCUCAUGUUCGAGAAAGCCCACACCCGCGCUGCCAAGCGCAUUCGACGUGUGCAACGUGAAGUUGGUGCUGGGUUCAAGGAGCUCUUCAAGGCUGCGGUCGCGGUCUACUGCGCGACCGGCAGUAUCUGGGACACGUUCGCCCGUGACGUGUUCGUGUCGUUGCUGUGCAACACGUUUGCGGCGCUCCCGGCGUGGGCGCUCCUGAGGCAAGGGAAGAAGAGACUGGCGACGCGGAUCAAGAGCAAACCGCAGGAAGACGAGCAGAUUCGGAAGUGGAACCAGCAGGACUUGAGCACGUUGGGGAUCUCUGGCAUCCUCGUCCUGUUCAACAUCUUGUUCACCAUCGUGUUCAUCGCCAACGUGAGCGACUUGGACAAGAACCGCUGGCUGCUGCGGACCGUCUCGCGGUCCGUGCUGGCCUGGGUGGUGCUCCCAGCGGUCGUGGCACUGCUGUGGACCGUGGUGGCCUACGGCAUGCAGCGCUCGCCGGAUUUCGCGAAGCGCCUUCUGGAGCAGCUGAGGAAGCAGCUCGAGCCCCCCAGGCAGUUUACCGAGAUCGAGAAGAAGUUCUGGAAUUGGGCCAGCAGCUUCGCCAACCCGCUCCGGCUGAACGAGGAGUCCGGGCGCCCCUACUGGGUGCCGGCGCCGCCUGCGCCGCCCUUGGACUUCAGGUCCGGCCGGGCGCCUGCGCCUCCGCCGAUGCCCCCCCCGGGGCCCGCGCCCGGGGCCGUGGCGCCCGGAGGAUGGCCCGGCCACGCCGGCCCCCCCGCGGGGCCGCCGGCCGGGCCCGCCUUUGCUCCGCCGGCGCCCCCCGUGGUCUACCCGGAGUCGGGCCCCGCUUUCGAGAGCCUCACGAGGCUGGGCACACCGGAGCUGCCGCAGUUCUGGGAGUGGGUCACGCAGCUGCGGUCCGCGGCCGUGGCGGAGGCCCCGCCGGACAACAACAUUGUCGGGCUGCCGAUGGAGGAUCCGAUGAGGCGUCCCUUCACGGACAGCUUCCGGGACAGGGAGAGCUACGUCACGCCGGACUCUCCGGGCUUCUUCGGCCAUCCAGGGUUCGGUGGCGACGGCCAGGACCAGUUCUGGGACUGGGCUGGCGACACCAGCGGAUUCGAGGAGCCCGCGCCGUCGAUCCCGCAGCCGUCCCCCGGCUUCAUGGCCGAGGACGAGUUCUGGACCUGGGCCACCGGGCUCGCGAGGGUUCAGUCGCUGGAAGCGCUGGAGCAGGACGAGGAGACGGACAACCAGUUCUGGGAUUGGGUGAGUUCGCUUGGGAGCGGCUGCAGAGCGUGGAGGCGCUGGAGGACACUGGGCGGGCGCUGCAGAACACGCCGAUGCCCCCGGCACCCCUGGACCUCGCCAUGGUGGACCUCCCGCCGCCGCCCAUGCAGUACAUCAACCCCACGGCCGACGGCCGCAGCUCCCCGAGCCGGCCGCCGAGGUCCACGCCGCUGGUGCCCCCGCUGCCCCCGGACCUCAUGCCGGAGCAGCUGUCGCCGACGGGAGCGUGGCCCGCGGUGUUGCCGCCACCGGGGCCGCCGCCGAUGGCGCUGA